AUGUACAAAGCUGAAGAUGGGUAUUAUUCAUUGCACCUGGCUUGCGUCACUUCCAAUGUCAUUAAUCCACACUGCUUCUCUCUCACAGGCCUGGCCUUCCUGCUGCACGUGCAGCUAGGAUCCUCCUACAUCCUUUCCUGUUACUUCACCAACUGGGCCCAGUACAGACCAGGAGCUGGGAAGUACUUCCCCACCAACAUCGACCCAUGCCUGUGUGAUCACCUGAUCUAUGCCUUCGCUGGAAUGAGUAACAACCAGAUCAAGACUUAUGAGUGGGAUGACGUCAAACUCUAUGGGGAGUUCAACGGCCUCAAGAACCAGAAUGGAAACCUGAAGACCCUCUUGGCUAUUGGUGGCUGGAACUUUGGAACAGCUCAGUUCUCUGCUAUGGUGGCCAGCUCUGGCACCCGUCAGACUUUCAUCCAGUCUGUGAUCACGUUCCUGAGGCAGUACGAGUUUGAUGGGUUGGACAUUGACUGGGAAUACCCCGGCUCCAGAGGCAGCCCCUCCCAGGACAAGCAGCUUUUCACCACCCUGGUCCAGGAAAUGCAGGCUGCCUUUGAGGCUGAAGCCAGCCAGAGCAACCGUCCUCGUCUCAUGGUGACCGCUGCUGUCUCAGCCGCCAAGGGAACCAUCGACUCUGGAUACCAGGUCGCCCAGGUCUCCCAGUACCUGGAUUAUCUUCACGUGAUGACCUAUGACUUCCAUGGAACCUGGGAGCAGCAGACUGGUGAGAACAGCCCUCUGUACCAGGGACCCGCCGACCAGGGCGCCAUGACCGACUUCAACGUGAACUACGCCAUGAACUACUGGAAGAGCAGUGGUGCUCCCGCAGAGAAACUGCUGGUCGGCUUCCCCACCUACGGACACACCUGGACCCUGGCAAACCCCUCCAACAAUGGUGUGGGAGCCCCAACCGCUGGCGCUGGCCCUGCAGGACCCUACACCAGACAAUCAGGCUUCUGGGCCUACUAUGAGAUCUGCACCUUCAUCAGUCAGGGAGCCACUCAGGCCUGGGAUGCCCCCCAGGAUGUCCCCUAUGCCUACAAAGACAACCUGUGGGUCGGCUAUGACAACGAGAAGAGCUUCAACAUCAAGGCUGAGUGGCUGAAGCAGAACAACUUUGGAGGCGCCAUGGUCUGGACUAUCGAUCUGGAUGACUUCAGUGGCACUUUCUGUAACCAGGGCAAAUACCCCCUGAUCAACACUCUGAAGACCGCACUGGGAACAGGCAGCACAAGCUGUACCCCUCCAGCAAACCCCCUGCCCCCCGUGACUCAGGCCCCUGCACAGCCCAACCCCCCCUCCGGUGGAGGCAGCAGUGGAGGCAGCAGCAGUGGAGGGAGCAGCAGUGGAGGGAGCGGCUUCUGUGCCGGCAAAGCCAGUGGCCUGUACCCUGAUGCAUCCAACAAGAACCACUUCUAUGACUGUGUGAACGGAGAGACCUACAACCAGCACUGUGGGGCUGGCCUGGUCUUUGACACCAGCUGCUCCUGCUGCAACUGGGCUUGAGCACAGACAGUACCCCCUCCCCCCCAACACUGAUUAUCAUUAGUUAAAAACACACAUGUAAUCAG